AUGAAAUUAUUUAUUCUUAUUUUAAUUUGUAUUGACUUAGUAUUUGCUAUGGUUCAAUCACCAUCACUUACUUAUAAUGUAACAUUACCAGAACCCAAUGGGCUUUACGUAGCAGGUCAAAUGUUACCCAUUAGUUACACUUUGCCAGAUAAUGCAGAUUUACCUAAAUUAUUAUCAUUAUCUAUUUCGUUUAUUACUGAGGACCCAAGACUUAACUUUACUGGUGCUGUUGUAACAAAUAACGCAGAUAUCUCUCAGGGCUUUAGUUUUAGAAGAACUCAUAAUACAUUUGUUUACUAUGAGCAUCAACUCAGUUAUUCAAUCCCAAAGAAUGCGGUACCGGGAAACUACAUUGUUUUAUUUAAUGAUGCCGUUUCAAAAACAAAUACAUCAAUCCCUAUCAUCGUUCGACCCUACGCUCCUCAAAUUACUCCUUCUUCUACUAGUGUAAUUAACUCUCGUCCUUCUGGAGGAAGCUCUAUUUUUGCUGUGCAUAGUAAUGACAGUUCUAGAAAAUAUAGUAGCGCAAAUAGAAAAGCGGCAUUAUUAUUAGGGGUUAUGUUUGUUGUAUACAAUGGAUUGUUAUUAUAAAAGUAUGCUAUUUGCUUUUUUUUUAUUCGCUGUGCAGUAUAGUACAUUAAUAUACAUAUAUAAAAGAAUUAUGUUAUUUCUUAUUUUA